AUGAUGGAGCUAGAGGUGCGGAGCCGCGGCGUGGGCCGGCUGGACACAGGCGCGCAGGCCACGGUGUCCGGAGAUCCACCACGCGGAUCCGCAGAGGCGGCGGCUGGGCGCAGGGCCCUAGGCUUCCUUGCGCAGCUGCAGCAGAGGUUCCGGUUCUGUGGAGACUUGGACUGUCCUGACUGGGUCCUAGCAGAGAUCAGCACCUUGUCUAAAAUUUCCUCAGUGAAGCUGAAGCUGAUCUGUGCCCAGGUGCUGAAGGACCUGCUGGGAGAGGGGAUUGAUUAUGAAAAGAUCUUAAAGCUGACGUCAGAUGCCAAAUUUGAGUCUGGGGAUGUGAAGGCCACGAUCGCAGUGCUCAGCUUCAUCCUGUCCAGUGCAGCCAAGCACAACGUAGACAGUGAGUCUUUGUCCAGCGAGCUGCAGCAGCUGGGGCUGCCCAAAGAACAUGCCACAGGAUUGUGCCGUUCCUAUGAGGAGAAACAGAGUGCCCUGCAGGACAGCCUCCGCACACGUAGCCUGAGAUUGAAUCAGCUGGACUCUGUGUCCUGGAGGGUGGAUUACACGCUCAGCUCCAGCGAACUCCAGGAAGUCAACGAGCCACUUGUGCACCUGAAAUUCAGCAUACGAGACCGGGACAGAGGAGUGACGGAGCCCAUUGCCAUGGCGGUGUCAGCAGAGAAGUUCCAAGUUCUGCUGGCAGAGCUGAAGCAGGCCCAAGCCCUGAUGAAAACUCUCCAUGGAUGAGCUGGGAGAAUAUGAGCGAGCAUGGAAGAACCCAGCUGAUCCUGAAGCAGCCUGUAAAGCCUCUUGUGAUGAUGACUUGCCUGAGACAACCCCCUGCAUCUCCUCAGCCAGAUUGCAUGAGCAGAGAUGGGUGGGGGCACAGGGAGGGUCCUGGAUUCUCUCCUUCUUUAGCAGGCUUUUGAAAUGGGAAAUUGUUGCUCUCGAUGCUGAUUACAUUCUUCAUGGCUCUUCUCACCCUACCCCUACUAGCACCCAGCCAUCAUCUCCAUUUUGCCCACAAGGCCAAGCUCUCUUCCUACAGCAGCUCCUCUUGUACCUCCACCAGCCAUACUCCAGAUCCUUAACAGAGAUCAGUUGCUUCCAUAGUGGCUAAUGUGGUGUCCACCUUAAGGCCAGCUUCAGGUUAUGGUAACACCAGUGAGUUGCCACCACAGUCCUACCACCCUGUGAAGGGGUAGCCUUGCAAUACCCACACUAUGCUUGUGCCUGCUGGCUGGAGAGUGGGUUCAGAGCUUAAAAGCUCUGAAAUCCCAGGCUUGGACCUUCAUGGUGGUUCUGUUCCUGAAGAGCUGCAAGGGAAGGCUUUUAGUGCACUUGUCUGAACUACAUCCUUUCAGUACUCCAGGUCAAGGACAGGGGCUGCUACUGUCUCCUUUGAGGCAUGUGAGGUAACACUGGCUAAGCCAGUUCCCUGUCCCCUGAAGUCUGUGUGACCAUCGGACUCUUGAGGGCAAUGUGAGAGGCAGGGGCUGUACAAACCCCCCCUCAUACCCUGCAGCUGUUGGCUCAUCUCUACUGCCUCUCCAGUCUAUUCUUGCUUCCCCUUCUCUCUCUGACAAACAGUUCAUCUCUACCCUUUCUGCCUACCUUCAAAGCUGUCUCAUCUUUCCACUCUCCACCAUGCCCUCCACUUUGCCAAGGAAGCUGAAGGUACUGGGUAAAGGAUCAGGAAGCAUGUGCAGCCCUGGGCAACCUCUUACCAUAGAGCCAGUUCUUUACAUCAUACUCCCUUGUUUUGCAAUAAAAUCGUGAUGGGCCGGGCCUUGGCAGAGGGCCAGCAGUUUG